AUGUUCAUACCACGAUCCUCAACCAUCCUCUUGCAAGUAAACGGAAUGGGAAUUGUCUUUUCAUUCUGUUGUUCUGAUGCUUAUUUUAGACGUCAAAAUUCGCCUAGGGAAGAGGACUCAUAUGAAAAGGUUAGCUUUAUAGUAUCGAUUGUCGAAAAUAUCAAGCAAAAUUAUUUUAUGAGGAAGAAGAGAGUGCAAGAGAGGAAUAAAGAAGGGGAGCAGAAGCAACAGAAAAUGGGGCAGGAACUCACAUUAGAGGACUGGCUUCUAAAAUCACCAAUUGCGCAAAAGUAUGAUAACUGCAAUGGUGAUCAUUGUGGUUUUAAACAUCGUUCUAACAGUGAUUAUCGCUCAGUAGCUAGAGAAAGUGCCUAUUUUUCUAACUGUGGGGAAUGUAGCUUGUCUUUGGAGCAACUCCUGAAUGAUGGUGAUUAUAGAGAUUUUUCUGCGGGCUACAGUAUUUCUUUGGAGAAUCUUUUGAAAGAUGAAAAUGUUGAUGAAAAAGAAACAGGGUUUAAUUCACUGACUAGAAGCCACAGUAGUGAGGUGAGGAAAAGGGUGAGGUUUAGACUGCCAGAAGUGUCAGAGACUAUCAUUCUGCAUCCAUUAGAGAAGGAUCUUAAUGAGUUUUAG